AUGUCUACCUCCCAGCCCCCGAAAUGCUAUCUUCUACGCAUUCCUCGUGAACUGCGUGACGCAAUCUACGCCUACUAUCUCAGUGACGAUGGAUACUAUCACCAACCCGAGUCGAAUACCUUGCGACAUGCUGAUAGAUCAGCCAUCGAUCUCGCGCUGACACUGAGUUGCAAGCAGGUCGCAGCGGAGAUGAUAGCAUUGCCCUUGAAGCUGAAUGCUGUGGAAUUCAGAACGCACCUGGCACCUAUCGAGACAGCUGGUAUUGGAGAGCGGAAAUGGCUAUUUAGAAAACCUCCACCUCGGGAUCGUCACAACGACGAUUACUCCGCGCCCCCUUCAAGGGCUGGGCAUUUUCACUUUCUGCUGGCACGCCUACACGACAAGGAGGCAGACGCUUGCGUAAUCGCUUUUAACGCAUAUGGUACUGAGGAACUCGCAAAAUGUAUCUCCGAACGAUUCCCCCAAAGCUGCCUGGGCAAGCAGCUUCAUAAACUACUACCAAAUAAGGUCACAGAAGCUUCUUACUAUGAAGUAAUGGACCGGUUUCGGAAUUCGACAUUCUACGAACGCCAAGCUAUGCAGUUUCUCCUUGAAAACAUAUCAGCUUUUGCUACUCAAGCCAAUAUUGUCAACGAGUCUAAUCACAAGAGUGAGAAUGAAUUCAAGCUCCCACUAGGACCUAUGAGCCGUCAUGCUUCUGAGGUCGUGGCUUCGAGAAUCUCAUCCGUGGAGUGGCCACCUUGGGUAUUGCCUACGGCGUUGCAUAUAUCAAAGUUGCACGAAAUCGUCAACUCUGUAGAUAAGAGCGACCCGGAGCACGGGUACUGUUCAAAUGCGCACAAGCUUAGGUACUACGAAUCAGCUGCCUCGCAAUGUAUCCGCUUUCUCGGAAUGUUAGAACAGGACGCGAGUUUCCGAUUGCGGCAUCUGAUUAUACGCGAAGACCGCAGAUCUUGCACAAAACCACGUUGCCAUGCGUAUGGUCUCAUUCCAUAUCUCAGGGGUCUGCCUCAUCUGCGCGUCGACCAUCACGUUGAUAUGUGGCAUGUCAUCUUUACGACAGAUUACAGUGGACUCGCCAGACUGGGCCUCGACUUGCGAUCCUGGCCAGACCCCCGGUUUAUCCCUUGGUUAUCCAACGCAGUAGAUGAGACCGCUACCUGGAUCAAGGAAGCGAUGCAUUUACGACGCGCCGGUAUGCCUCCUUCUGCCUACCGCCUUCAUCUCGAGGCACCGAUGGAGACCGUUUAG